AUGCUCGGCCGAGGGAGAGCCCAGCAACGCGGACCUUUCUCGGUGUUCUCCGCUGCGAGUUCGGCGUCGGACAAUGAGGAUGUGGACGAGGGAUUGAGUGUUCAUAAUGAACAGUCGCCAUCAUUACGGGUUACAGAUGAGGAAUCCGGUAGCCGGACUACACGAUCUUUCGAAAAUGUGUUGGAAGACGGUGGAAUAACCCCUGGCAUCGACGAGCCUGUCCAACCUGUGGCAUCAACCAGUCCUCUGAGUGGGACUCAAAGUACAGAGUCGCCAUCGGUAUCAUCCGGGGCUCUCACUCAGGCUCAGACUAGUCAUGCGGCGAAUAAUGCGAUCUGCUCUGUCGACAAGCAGCAUGCAUCCAAUUACGAUCGCCAAAGAAAACCUCUACUACCCGACAGCUCUCCACCAACAGAUAUGUCUUUCAUGAUGGCAAUAAACCCGAUUCAACUCCCUAGACCCGAAACUGAGCUAGUUCAUCACUGGGUUGUCUUCCUAAGUGGAAGCAUGAUGCUGAUCGACACUCCCGACAACCCAUGUCGGACAAUAUUUAUGCCAAUGGCGCUGAAAGGACUUGAUACGCCCUCAACAGAAUCAAACAUCCACCUAUCUAUAUUUCAUGCUAUAUGCGCGUCGUCCGCUUUUAGCCUUUUCCACCUCCGCCGCGACUCGCACUACCAAUCGUUGGCAAUGCACCACGACCAACUUGCCUUACGACAUCUAAGAUACAAUCUGCAAAAGGCACGGCGCUUGGAUGAGCCGACGCUAGCGGCGGUCCUUUCUUGCAUUACAGCAGAAGCUAUGUCCGGACGGAGAGGUCGUUGGAGAGCACAUGUCGCUGGCGGCCUGGGUCUUCUUGAAAACGAAUUGAAUGGAGGCUGGGUUCGGGGGCCGACAGCUUCACGCUUGCUGCAGAGCUAUCUCUCACUUUCGUCUCUCUGCAACCUGCCCAUGUCGACGCAGAUGAUGUCUUUACUCAAUGGCCCGUCAGAGCUGCGGCACUAUCUCGAAAGAUCGCACGGUAUAACGACUCCGCUGGUCCAGCUAUUAGCACAAAUGACGACCAUGAACGCUUCAAAAGAGGAAAUAUCCACAAGGGAACUGGAUGAACUGGAGCUGCAGCUUUAUCUCAAUUUCCCAUCUCUAUCUGACCCAGACGCCCCAGGGUCGACUACUAUCCAACAUGCUCUCAACUCUUUCUACUACGCCACGAUCAUUUACUUCAGACGCACUCUUCGCCACGCGCCCCUCGGUGAGGUACAGGAGCUUGUGGAGAAAGCUGUGCAUGAAUUGGAGGCGGUGGAUAUCUUGAAGAACGAUAAGGGUGGGUGUGCCUACAAUUGGGCUAGCUUUGUUGUUGCGGCCGAGUGUCAGUGUCCGGAUCUUCAAUCUCGAAUGCUGGUCUCAUUUGAUAAAAAGGCAAAGCACGGGAUUGAGAACACAAUGGUAUUGUUUGAAAUUGUGAAGACCCUCUGGGAUAGAAGGGCACAGGCCGGAAGUGACGUGGACAUUCAAUGGCAGGAAAUUGCCAAAGAGACCGACUUCGAUAUUAUGCUUGUAUAA